UUUGAACAAACACAUGGAUUGGAAGUUAAGAUUUUAUUCAGUAUCGGCUCUGAUUUGAUUAACUAAAUACGAGUAGGUAUAACAGUUUUUUAAACGUGUUGAAGUUAUGGGCAAUAAAGUGGAUACGUGUCCGUCUGGAAAAACUCCACCUCCGCAAGAUGAAGAAGUAGCCAAUUCUACAUUUGAAGUGAUCAUAGCUGGCGAUAUAACUGGUAAAUCCUGUAUCCUAGAUCGUUUUUGUACAGGAACAUAUGAUCCAGCGGGUGGAUGCACGGCUGGGUAUGGUGUAGGAUACAAAAAAAUGUUUGUGGAUAACGAAGAAAUCAAGUUACUAAUAUAUGAUAGCCGUCAUAUAGAAAUGUUUUACCGUAUUUUUCAACGAGCAUAUGGAGAAAGAUCGCCGAAUGGAAUAAUAUUGGUUUAUGAUAUUACCAGAGAAAUCACGUUUUCAAAUUUACGAACGACUUGGAUGGAACGAAUGCAACACGAUUUUGGAUUAGAUGUACCAAUAAUUGUAGUGGGAAAUAAAUGCGAUUUAGAAAGUGAACGAACGGUUAAACAGUCAGAAGUUGAAGAAUUUUGUGAUGAUGUUCCUCAAAUAAUAUGCGCAGCGCUAUCGUCUGCCAAAACAAAUAAAAAUAUCGACUUUAUUUUCACUCAUCUGGCGAUCGAAAUGAAGAGGAGACGCCGCGCCGUUUAAAGACUGAAUUGCAAAAUCAAAUUGAACAGAAUGAUGAAGAUUUUUUCAAAUCAAAGGAUGAGAGAGAUUCAGAGACCAACAUCACAGCCCUAUAGUGGAUAAAGCAUUUUAAUCAUUUUUUUAUAUAUUUUUUUAUGUUCCCUUAUUAAUAAGCAGUACCUCUACCAUACUUAUUAUACUCAGUAAAAAAAAUAAAAUCGGUGUUACGAGUAGGCAGGAAUAAAUUUUGUUUUUGAAGUAAA